AGGUGCCAAAGACAGGAGAAAAGUGAGCCUUAUUGCUGGGGACUCCAAUGCUCAUCGGAUUAAGGAUAUUCUUCCUGACAAUAUAGCUGCCAAAUGCCUGCCAAUCUCUGCAAAUGGCAGAACGUCCACCUACCCUAUAAAACAAUGAUGUUAUCAGGACUCUUGAUGAUUUGUGUCCUCUGUUGUGGCUGGUUUUUCAUCGGGGUAGAUUCUGUUAGCAUCAUUUUAAUGGAAAAUCGUACAAGUGCAACAAUUGUAGAGCUCACCUGCUACUUUGAAAGUGAGAUAGACGUAGCUGUGGGGUUUUACCUCAAGGACGGUUCAAAACAAUUUACAAGGACAAUUGCAAUAGGGGGCGACAUGGGAAACUGUAUGAUCACCCCUCUACCUGACAAUGUUACAUGUCAUUGUGUGACCAAGAGACAAGUUAAGUGUGCCUUGUUCAACCUAAAAAAUGAGCAGCAAGCAUGGAAAUGCGCUAUUCCCAACAACGGCGUUGGAUUAUUUAGCAACAUUGUCUACAUACCAGACCCAAAUGUCACCAACAAACCGGACAAGCAGAAAAAUCCACUAACGAUCAGUCCACUUGUUCUAUCUCAUCUCGAUACAAAUCAAGAUGACCAGGUCCAAAGUCUUAUAACGGAUUGUAAAGGUCAGGAAUCUUCUCAAUUAUUUAUGACAUAUGUUGCUGUUGGUAUUUUGCUUUGCGUAUUGGCAAUAGCAAUUGCUAUCAUUCUGAAACGACGUCAAUUGAAAGCCACGAAUUGUAGAUCAACAACUGAUGUUGAACAACUUCAGGAAUCGUCCCAAGACAAACAAUGUCGUAUGGAAUACGUCUCUCCUCUUCUUCCAUUAUUAAAUGAGAUGAGCCGUUACCCAGGACGAACAGUUUAAGUGGUUGGACAUGAACUAUCUUUAUAAGUAUAGAUCAUAUUUGUUUAAUCUAAUACAAAUAAAUGUUAAAUGUUUAUCAUUAGGCACAAUUAGACACAAGUGCAUUAUCGUGGUCAACAUAUUCAAACCCGGCGAGGAAGAGUAUUAUUCCUAUUAAUUGAACUUGUUAAUGUAUUACAUUAUUAAAAGUGUGUAAUUUU